UUAUGAAUCUUAUUGAUGAUUUUGACGCAACUUUGAAGUUAAAUUUCUCUAUCCUCAAUCCACUCUCUCUCCAACAGACACACCACAAAGCUGAUCGAUUGUUCAUUUCACUCAAACAGUUUCUCUCUCUUCCCCACCCUCUCUCUCUCUCUCUCUCUGAAGAAACUUUUGUACUCAUUAUCUCAAAAAAGGUUUUCAGGAGCGAGGGUUGGGUUGGAUGAUGGUGGUUGGCAAAAAACGAGAGAGAAAUUAAGAAAAAAGAAGAAGAAAGAAAGAAAAAAGAAAACCCAAUUAUGUUUUUGUUUUCAUAAUUUGGCGCUUACUCUGAUUACCCUUACAAAAUUCAAUCUAUCCUCUCUUUUCGGACCCGUUUCGGCUUCUUCCUGCGGCUCUGGCUGGCUUGACGUGAAAGAAGAAGGAGACCCAUCAGAGGAAAGUGGGGGAAAAAAAAUUCAGAGGUCCUCGCUAAGAUUUGGAUAACAAGUUGUUUCUGGGUUUUGUUUUGUGAGCAGCUUUCGCUCUGUUUCCUUGAAGAUUUCAGGGUUUUCAAUCGGUAGCUUUUGGAUUUGAUCAGAUUUGGCUCCGGACAUUGUUGUCGCUGGUCGUUUCGAUGAAGCUUUAUUUGAGGCUGAUUGAUUUCAUUUUUCAUCUGGGUUCUGUCUCAACUGAUUCAUUCACCUCUCAUUCACUACCCAUCAACAAGAGCGAGCUGGGUUCUGUCGUGUCACUGACUCCAAUCCUUUUUUAAGAAUCUUUUUCCGGAAUUUCUUCAAAUCCCUGUAGACCGAGGGCCAUUUUUGGUGAUUUGAAAGCUCAGGGGAGGUGCUUAGCUUCGAAAUGGAUAGAGAAAUCUAAUCUGCAUGUGCAUCUCUUUCCUUGUUUUCUUUACAAUUUGUUGCCAAUUAUCUCCUGAUUCUCUCUGUUCUUAAGUUUCACAAGGGUUAAUGAAGUUUUUCGGUAUCAGAAUGUCCUAGAUUAUGCUCUGAAACACUGAUUAAGAUAAAAUGACAACGUGGUGAUGGUAAUAUAUAUAAAUUGGUGUGAAAAGGGUCGUGUCAUUGUAGGCUCGGGAUUAACUGGACUGAAUUGUGAGCAUGUCGGUCGUGAACAUAACUUGAAUCCAACAUUGUGGGACAGAUCAAUAAUGCACAUGUUUCUGGAUUUGGUCCUUAGCCAUGUCUUUGAGCAGCAGCAGUGGCGAUAUCUGCUUCUUGGAGUUUGAGAGUUGACUUUCUUAGAGCGUAGGAAAUUUUCGACUAAUCGACGUGGUAAUGAGUCGGGAGCAGAAGCGGGGGAAGCAGGACAAAGGUUCUGAUGAUGUCCAGAAGGUGAUUGUUGCAGUGAAGGCUUCCAAAGAAAUUCCAAAAACUGCUCUGGUUUGGGCGUUGACUCAUGUUGUUCAACUUGGAGAUUGCAUAACUCUGCUGGUUGUUGUCCCUUCUCAAAGCUCUGGUAGAAAAUUCUGGGGUUUCCCGAGAUUUGCUGGGGACUGCGCAAGUGGUCACAAGAAAGCUCACUCUGGAACAAGCUCAGAGCAGAAAUGCGAUAUUACCGAUUCCUGCUCGCAGAUGAUCCUGCAGCUUCAUGAUGUUUAUGAUCCAAAUAAGAUAAAUGUGAAAAUCAAAAUUGUCUCGGGGUCGCCCAGUGGGGCCGUUGCUGCUGAGGCUAAGAGAGCUCAAGCUAGCUGGGUUGUGUUAGACAAGCAGCUCAAACACGAGGAGAAAUGUUGUAUGGAGGAGUUACAAUGCAACAUUGUCGUAAUGAAGCGAUCACAGCCGAAAGUUCUUCGCUUGAACCUGGUUGGCUCUCCUAAGAAGGAAUCAGAAGUGACCUCUCCAUUACCUUCUGAUAUAGAUGAAGGGUCUGAAAGCCAUCAAAAAGAAAAUAACGAUCCUCUGGAUUUUAUUCGGGGACCAGUUGUGACGCCGAAUAGCAGUCCAGAGCUGGGUACACCUUUUACCACCACCGAAGCUGGAACAUCGUCUGUGUCAAGCUCAGAUCCUGGAACUUCACCAUUUUUCAACUCUGAAAUGAAUGGAGACACAAAGAAAGAGGAGCUGUUUGUUAUCAAGGAAAAUAAAGAACUUGAUGCUGCCAGUUCAGAUUCAGAUAGUGAAAAUUUAUCGGUAUCUUCAGCGAGUUUAAGGUUCCAACCAUGGAUGACGGAGUUUCUAAGUUCUCACCUUCAAUCCUCACAACAUAUAAGUGGAAGGUCACAGAGAUGUGAUGACAGGAAUCAAGUAUCAACAAGAAAAUCUUUUCUACCAAAGUCUUCAAAACUCGAAAGAGAAUCUAGUAUUGGAAUUUCAAGCCAUAGAAGCGACAAUGACUUCCACGGGGACGUACGAGAUGCGGUUUCGUUGUCAAGGAACACGCCACCAGGCCCCCCUCCAUUAUGUUCAAUAUGUCAACACAAGGCACCAGUUUUUGGAAAGCCUCCGAGGUGGUUCAGCUAUGCCGAGCUGGAGCUCGCUACUGGUGGAUUUUCACAAGCCAACUUUUUGGCAGAAGGAGGAUAUGGAUCUGUUCACAGAGGGGUACUACCGGACGGGCAGGUGGUUGCUGUCAAGCAGCACAAAUUAGCUAGUUCUCAGGGAGACCUUGAAUUUUGUUCAGAAGUUGAAGUUCUUAGCUGUGCACAACAUCGAAAUGUCGUGAUGUUGAUCGGCUUCUGUAUAGAGGAGAAAAGAAGGUUGCUGGUUUAUGAAUACAUCUGCAAUGGCUCAUUGGAUUCUCAUUUAUAUGGACGCCAACAGGAGCCCUUGGAAUGGUCUGCACGGCAAAAGAUUGCCGUGGGAGCUGCGAGGGGGCUACGAUAUCUACAUGAAGAAUGUAGAGUGGGUUGCAUUGUUCACCGGGAUAUGCGACCGAACAACAUUCUUAUUACCCAUGAUUUUGAACCACUGGUUGGAGAUUUUGGCCUCGCGAGGUGGCAGCCCGAUGGAGAUACGGGUGUCGAAACAAGAGUUAUUGGAACAUUUGGGUAUUUGGCUCCAGAGUAUGCUCAGAGUGGCCAAAUCACAGAAAAAGCUGAUGUUUACUCCUUUGGGGUGGUACUGGUGGAGCUAAUCACCGGACGAAAAGCCGUGGACCUUAGUCGGCCGAAAGGUCAACAGUGCCUCACUGAAUGGGCGCGCCCAUUGUUGGAUGAACUGCUCAUUGAUGAACUCAUUGAUCCAAGGUUGGGAAAUAGCUUUGCAGAGCAUGAAGUGUACUGUAUGCUGCACGCUGCAUCGUUAUGCAUCCGAAGAGAUCCUAACGCAAGGCCACGAAUGUCGCAGGUUUUACGGAUUCUGGAGGGCGACCUUGUCGUGGAUGCUAAUUACUUGUCGACUCCCGGGUACGACGUGGGAAAUCGGAGCGGUCGGAUAUGGACAGAGCAGCAGCAGCAGCAAAACUACAGUGGCUCCUUAUCAGAUGAGACCCAAGAGAGAUUCAAUGAGAAGGUUUGUGUUGAGAGUUUAAGAGCAGGUUAUUGGGAAAGGGACAAGACAAGGAGGAGCUCAAGUGGAAGUGAUUUGUAAAGUGCUUCCUUUAGUAUGCUGAAUUUGUACUUCCCCAAUUGAUUUUUUUGGGUAAAUUCUUUUUUCUUUUCCUCAUUAUAUGCUUUUGUU